AGGACAUGUCCACACCAAAUAAUACCAGACACUUUUGCCAUGUGUGCAGUACUGAAGUGCCCAUCUACAUGGCCCCAGAUCCUACUUGUCAAGUGUGCAACCAGCAGUUUAUCGAAGAGAUUGAAGAUGAUGCUGAUGACCCCCGACGCUUCCUCUCGGGGACUGAGAGUCAACCACCACUUAUGAACAUUUUCCGGUCCGAGACGGGCGAAGGUGGACCCGAUGAGAACGCGCUUGGUCCAUUCUUUGAGAGCAUUAUGGCUGCCAUACUUGGGCAGACACCAAUGCGCCCCAAUGGAACCAAUACUCCAGGAAAUGGAACAGAUACUGAUGGUACACCCGAGACAGGUGGUGGUCAAGAGAACCAGAGAAGUCCAUUUGUGCUUUACACUGGUCUUGUAGACGGUGGUAACAUUCACCCAAUACGUACCAACAUGCCCCGGCGGGCCUCUUCUGAAAACGACUCUGCACAAAACAGAGAUGCUUCGAAUCAAACACCCGACGGUGAAGCGGGAAAUAGAGUCAGCAGCAUUGCAAGUGUAAUGCAAAUGUUGCAGACAUUGGCAGGUGCACCCCUUGACGCUGGUUUUGUGGGGAACCCGAACGACUACGUAUUCUCGCAAGGCGCACUGGACAACAUCAUCUCGCAGCUAAUGGAGCAGACGGUUGGUCGCACAGCACCUCCCCCUGCCCCAGACGAGGUUAUCGAGUCUCUCGGAGAUCGUGUAUUAACACAGGCAGAACAAGAUCUCCAGGUCGACUGCGCUGUUUGCAAAGAAGAAUUCGAUAUUAAAGAACGAGUAAUCGAGUUGCCAUGCGCACACAUCUUUCACAAUGAAUGUAUCAAGCCCUGGUUAAAGAUGAAUGGAACCUGUCCUGUAUGUCGUCAUUCGGUGGUGCCAGAGACAGCAGGAGCAAGAGACGGAAGCCAGACUACGAAUGAUCCAUUAUCAUCCGGUCAAGCGACAGACACUGCUGCCGACAGCAACCAGUCCACAAACGACACUUCUUCCGGUAAUCAAGGCCAACAACCCCCCACUAGUGCCUCCAUCUUCUCUUGGUUAGGAGGAUCUCGACAAGACCGAGGUGGUUCAAACACACCAUCAUGGCCAGCCAACAUUCCGGGUCCGUUUUCUUGGGGACCUGGCCAGAGACGCGCCUCAAACGGCCAUAACCAUUCACCCGCUAGUUCUGACAACAACCAAGAUCAUCCUGAUAAUGAUGCUCCUGAUCUGGAUCUUGAUUAGUAACUUCACAUAUUUCGUUUUUACUUUUUUCUUUUUCUGUUGUGGAGGCAAAGGCGAAGAAAUACUUCUUUCUUUCUUUCUUUUUAAUAAUAUGAGUUGUCAGCCAGAAUAAACAAAGUACAGAACGC